UGCAGCAACAACACCUGUGAUGCACUCUUGAAGUAUGACGGACAAGAGCACUGCGUCUUUCACACAAGCCAUGCUCUCAUUGCGUAUGAAGUUCUGUUUGAGUUCAUGGACUUGUUUACAAGAAAUAGUAAUAAAAUUUUUCCAUAUUAUGGAUGCAACAGCACUUGCUCAUAGGAAAGACCUUAAGUUUUGGAGCAGCAACCUUCAGAAUGCCACAUCUGAAAAAGUUCUGCAAGUCCCAUACACCCGUCAUAAAGACCGUGUGCUGAUCGCUGAUCCAUACACAAGAUUGCUUCUUCAGAGGUAUGCUAGGGAACAGCCUCCACUGACCAUGCUGGAGUUUACGAAAAUGGUGGAACUCCUUGGAUUUCACACUCUACCAUUUCAGAAUCUUGUCAAGUCCUUUGGAAACUCCACAUGCCCUCCACCAUAUGUACCUUUUCUGAAAAGUCUUGCCUUAGAUAGCCCCAUUUGUGGGAUGUUCCAUCCUUCAAAAAAUCUAAGGCAAACUUUGAUAGAAAUGAGAGAAAAGGAUCCAAGGACUUCACCAAAGCUCCUUGAAGACCUGCAAAUGCAACUGCCAUUGGUUUUUAAGUUGAUUUGGCUCUUAAGGAGGCCGAUUUGGGUUUUUUUGCUGAAAAACUACAAUAGCAAAACUCUUUAUUUUUUAACCAUAUGUUAUUUAAACCAACUCUAGUUUAUUUGCGAAGGUUCAUGAAAAUCGACCGUCUGGUUCUUUUUAGGGACCAUCUCAAAAUAGAGGUACAUUUACUAAAGGAAUAUAUAGGAAACUGUCAUUUUCCGCACAUCAAAGCAGUUUAAAAAAAUACUACAAUAGCUUUUUUUCUCAAAUUGUUAUAUAUGAUUCGCAAUAUCAUUUCCUACCUUAUAUGUAAAAAACACAAAAUUCUACCGUCUGGUUUUUAGUGGGGGCCAUCUCAAAAUAUUAAAAUGCACCAAAUUUUGCUAUAUAUUUGGAUCAUCACGAAUGAUGAUUGGUAUAAUGGAUUCAUUCCAAAAAUGAGGAAAAUGUCCUCGAGGAUAGGAUCAUUCUGUAUAUAAAAUUUCAACAGCGUACAAUUUUUGUCCCCCGCCGCAACGCGGUGCGGGGACAUAGAAAUGCCGGGCGUCCGUCCGUACGUCCGUGCGUCCGUGUGUCCGUGCGUCCGUGCGUCCGUGUGUCCGUCCGUCACACUUUUUUGUAAGCGCUCUCAUGCCUACAAAUUUUGACGGAUUUUCAUUAAAUUUAUACCAAAUGUAUAUACCACUAUUACCUUGGUCAAGUUCGAAAAUCAGCAUUGGUUGAUACUUUUUGUUGGAGUUAUGAGACUUUGACCACAAUAAUGACUCUGUUUUAUCCAAAAAUUGACCUUGUAAGCGCUCUCAUGCCUACAAAUUUUUACGGAUUGUCAUUAAAUUUAUACCAAAUGUAUAUACUACUAUUACCUUGGUCAAGUUCGAAAAUCAGCAUUGGUCGAUACGUUUUGUUGGAGUUAUGGGACUUUGGCCGCAAUAAUGACUCCGUUUUAUCCAAAAAUUGACCU